UAUAAAGAGAGAGAGAGAGAGAGAGAGAGAGAGAGAGAGAGCGUGCACAACGUGGAGCCAGGCAGCAGAUAUAUAUGGAGAUGGCGGAUCCGACUACUCCCCUCCUCUCCCCACGCGAGCCAGAAGAAGCUCCGAAACACAAAUCCAACGACGAGACUAUUGAAGAUAGUAUAGGAGAUUUUGGGUGGAAACAGUUUGUUCAGUCUCUCCUUAUCUCAUUUGCAUGGGUCUUCGACGCACAGCAGACCUUCAUAAGCGUCUUCACCGACGCCCAGCCGGCGUGGCACUGCAAUCAUCAAGACCAAGAACACGAUUACUGCAGGGCCACCGGAAACAUCUGCCAGCUUCCCAGGAGUUCAUGGUCCUGGGAUAUGCCUGACAACAGCUCCAUAGUAUCGGAGUGGUCGCUAGAGUGCACGGGCUCGGUCGUCACCGGCCUGCCGGCAUCGUCCUUUUUCAUGGGCUGCGUCGCCGGAGGACUCAUCCUCUCGACCCUCGCUGACUCCUCCUCGCUCGGCCGGAAAAACAUGCUUCUGCUGUCGUGCCUGCUCAUGUCUCUUGCCGGGGCAUUCACAGUCUUCUCUUCCAAUAUCUGGAUUUACUCGGCCCUGAGAUUCGUAUGUGGGUUUGGCAGGGCAACCAUAGGGACAUGCUCUCUGGUUCUAGCAACCGAGCUCGUCGGAAAACGGUGGCGAGGCCAGGUUGGGAUCAUGGGAUUCUUCUGUUUCGCGGUAGGGUUUCUAUCUUUACCGGCUCUGGCUUACUUAAAUCAGGGAUCUUCGUGGAGAUUACUCUAUCUAUGGACGUGUAUUCCCGCACUGUUCUACUGCGUAUUGAUCCAUUUCUUCGUCCACGAGUCACCCCGAUGGCUCUUCGUUCGGGCCCACGAAAAAGAACUCCUCGCAACGCGGAAGAGUAAUAAUGAUCUGUACUCGGCAAUCGGGAUGCUAGUGGAGAAAAGCUGGGCAAUGAAACGACUGGCAGGGGUUAUGGCUGUCGGAUUUGGGACCGGAAUGGUGUACUACGGGAUGCCACUGGGCGUCGGAAGAUUGGGAUUCAAUCUCUACCUCAGCGUGACGCUGAACGCAUUGUCGGAGCUGCCGGCUGCGCUCUUCACAUUCUUCCUGAUCGGGAGACUGAACAGGAAACCCUCCGUCUUAGGAUUCAACACGCUGAGCGCAACAUGCAGCCUUACGUGCGGCGCCAUCAUGACGAUGACUGCUGGCGGCGGCGGCGGAGAGACGGUGAGGUGGAGGAGGGGAUUGGAGGUGGGGCUAGAAGUGGUGGCGUUCUUCGGGGCGUGCACGGGGCUUAACGUGCUGCUGAUAUACACAUUGGAGUUGUUUCCGACGUGCGUGAGGAACUCGGCGGUGGCGCUGGUGCGGCAAGCGCUGGUGUUGGGCGGGGUGGUGAGCCCGGUGUUGGUGGCGGCUGCCGCCAAAUAUGGGGUAAUGAUGCUGUCUUACGGCGUGUUUGGGGUGACAAUUGGGUUGUGCGGGUUGUUUGCUACGUGGCUGCCGGAGACGAGGGGUCGUGUUCUGUCUGAUACGAUGGAGGAAGAGGAGCACAAGCUCAGUGACGAAGAACCUGCUCCAGUUUGUUGACCACACACCCUGAUGCCUGAAUGUGCCUCUUUCUUCUUCACUUCUUUUUUGUUUUUAUUUUGCAGAAGAAAUUAAUAAGUUGUGCAUAUAUUGUAACCAAGGCACUCAAAUAAAUAAAAUAUUUUUUAUUUUUCCAAAA